AAAAGGACUGAACAAAGGGAAAGGAAAAGAAAUGAAAUAAGAGCACGGGUAAGGUACAGUGCUGCCUGCCCUAACCCCUUAACCGCAUUUUCAUUUACUUUUUGUUUCUCUCUUCUUCUGCUUCUUCUUCUUCUUCUUCUGUAUGUCUUGUACGCGAGAUUAGGAAUGGUUGUCGUUUCAAAUACCGUUGUGUCGUUGUGACGUAACCGCUGCCUGUGUUUGAGGUGAAGUGAUUGUGUUUGUAAUCGAAAAUCGAAAUGGAGCAGUAUGAAGUUCUCGAACAGAUUGGAAGAGGCUCUUUUGCUUCAGCUCUGCUUGUUAGGCACAAGCACGAAAACAAAAGGUAUGUUCUUAAGAAGAUUCGUCUAGCGCGCCAAACUGAUAGAACCCGUAGAUCUGCUCACCAGGAGAUGGAGCUUGUCUCUAAAGUUCGGAAUCCGUUUAUUGUUGAGUAUAAAGAUUCUUGGGUAGAAAAGGGUUGUUUUGUAUGUAUCGUCAUUGGCUAUUGUGAAGGAGGAGAUAUGGCAGAAGUUAUUAAAAAGGCUAAUGGUGUUCUUUUCCCUGAAGAGAAGCUUUGUAAGUGGCUGGUUCAACUGCUGAUGGCACUUGAUUACUUGCAUGCAAAUCAUAUUCUUCAUCGUGAUGUCAAGUGUUCAAAUAUAUUCUUGACAAAAGAUCAAGACAUACGACUAGGUGACUUUGGUCUAGCUAAAAUGUUGACAUGUGAUGAUCUUGCUUCCUCAGUUGUGGGAACACCAAGUUAUAUGUGCCCAGAGCUUCUUGCUGAUAUACCCUAUGGCUCUAAGUCAGAUAUCUGGUCCUUGGGGUGCUGUGUAUAUGAAAUGGCUGCUCACAAACCAGCUUUUAAAGCUCUUGAUAUGCAAACACUUAUUAACAAAAUAAACAAGUCUUUAGUGGCUCCACUACCAACAGUGUAUUCUGGUUCUUUUCGAGGGCUUGUUAAGAGUAUGCUGCGGAAAAAUCCAGAGCUUAGGCCAAGUGCUGCAGAGUUACUAAACCAUCCGCAUCUUCAACCUUAUAUUCUUAGAAUUCACUUGAAAUUAAAUAGCCCCAGAAGAAGUACUUUCCCAUUCCAAUGGUCUGACUCAAACUAUGUAAGGAGGACUCGGUUUUUGGAGCCGGAAUCUGUUUCUACUCUUUCUGACAGAGAGAAACGAUUGUCAUUCAGCAAUGACAGGGCCUUGAAUCCUAGCAUUUCUGGAACUGAACUAGGUUCUCUGUGUUCUACACUAAGAGCACACAGAUUCUCUACUUGUUCAAAAGAGAAACUCUAUGAACUAUCUGAUGGCUGUGUCCGUGAAGAAUGCAAUCCAAACAAGUCAAGAGACGCAAAGUUCUCAACUGUUGAUAGGAUUCCAAGAUCGAGGGAAGCUAAGGAGUAUGUCAACCCCCGACGGCAGACAAUACCAUCAAAGAUAUCCCAUACUGGUUUCAAGCGUGAUUUACUUCCAGCAUCUCUCACUCCAGCUGGUAAAUUUCCUCCACCAACUCGUAGAGCCUCCCUUCCACUACCUACCAGAGACAUGGUCACAACCACCCCUCCUAGAGCUAAUGUCAGUCUUCUUCGAAGUGUGGACUCUCCUGAUAUUUCUGUAAAUGCACCACGAAUUGACAAGAUUGCUGAAUUCCCUCUGGCCUCUUCUGAGGAUCCUCUCUUCCCUGUCCGUGGAAUUUCAUCAACAUCGGUUCAGUGGUCUUCUGGUUCCCCAAGUAAUGCUGACUGCUUAAUCACAAAAGACAAGUGUACAAUCCAAGUUGUGGACAAAGCCAGUGUCCCUUCCAGUGGCAGUGAUGUUUGUCCUGGUGCUCCAGUUUCAUUUGGCAAUGAAUACUCUGAACAUGUGGCAACUGCUGUUUCAAGUCUCUCCUCUGGUGAGUCUCGUCAGCACAGAUUUGACACCUCUUCUUUCCAGCAACGCGCAGAGGCAUUGGAGGGUUUGCUUGAGUUCAGUGCACGGCUCCUACAGCAACAGAGGUUUGAAGAGCUUGGGGUAUUAUUGAAGCCGUUUGGUCCUGAGAAGGUUUCUCCAAGGGAGACAGCUAUUUGGUUGGCUAAGAGCUUCAAAGAAACUGUGGUCUAAGGUUUCCUGAGCCACUUUUAGAUCGUUAACAACUGUGUAAAGUUAUGUAGAACUUGACGAGUAGCUUAGCCUCUAAUCUUAUUGUUCUAGUUGACACUUGACACCAUUGACAUUUUCUGAGAUGUCUGCAGUCCGCUGCACUUGCGCAAGUAGUCUGAAGUUAAUUUUCUCACCAGUAGAUCAAAACGGGGGUGUUAUUGAAGAGUUUGCUUGACUUCAGAGCACGGCUCCUGCAACAGCAGUUGAAGAGCUGGGGGAGUUGUUUAAGCCCAUUGGGCCUGCGAAGGUUUCUCCAAACGAGACAGCUAUUUAGUUUACUAAGAGCUCCAAAGAAACUGGAGAGUACUUAUG